AUGGGCAAGUCUCAGUCAAAACUUUCCCCCUCGCAGCUCGACGAGCUCCAGAAGGCGACCCAUUUCGAUAAAAAGGAGCUGCAGCAGUGGUACAAGGGUUUUCUCAAGGACUGCCCCUCGGGGACCCUGACCAAGGAGGAAUUCCAGAAGAUCUACCGACAGUUCUUUCCCUUCGGCGAUCCGUCAUCAUUUGCAAAUUAUGUCUUUCGCGUGUUCGAUUCGGAUAAUAGCGGCAUGAUCGAUUUCAAGGAGUUCAUCUGCGCGCUGUCGGUCACGUCGCGGGGCAAGAUGGAGGACAAGUUGGACUGGGCCUUCCAAUUAUAUGACAUCGACGGCGACGGCAAGAUCACGUACGACGAGAUGUUGGCGAUCGUCGAGGCGAUCUACAAGAUGGUGGGCUCGAUGGUGAAACUACCCGAGGACGAGGAUACCCCCGAGAAACGAGUUCGCAAGAUCUUCCGCAUGAUGGACAAGGACGAGAACGGCAGCCUCGACAUGGAGGAAUUUAAGGAGGGCAGCAAACGGGACGAGACGAUCGUCAGCGCCCUGUCGCUGUAUGACGGGCUGGUAUAA